GAUUGGAUAUUACCGAUGAUUGCCCGCGCCUUUUCGAGGUGGUGUUAUGUGUCUGUCAGAUGUUUUGCGGAAACAUGUUUUGUCAAACAUGGAGUUGCAGCAGUACUUAACAGCAUGUUAUUGGGCCGACAAACUUGUUUGUUUGGAAAAAUAUCGUUCAGAAGAUGUAUUGCUUUAUGCCAAAGCCCUGUAUUAUAGUCGACAAUAUCAUCGUGCAAUAGCUUUAAUUCAAAAUUGUAAGGAGUUAAAACAAUCACUUGUUUGUCGUUAUUUCAUUGCCCAGUGUUAUUACGCUUGCUCAGAAUACAAAAAGGCUCUUGAAUUUCUCGAACAGUCUGAUUGUAAUUCUACCGAUUUCAAUUCUAAUGUGACGUCACUGGUUGCUGGUUCUUUAUCUAAACAACUAUGUAUAUCAACAGACUGUCAGAAUGCUGUAAAUGAUGAUUCCACAAAACAAUCGAAUACUGUAUCAGACAGUUUGAUAAGCGGUUUUACUACAGAACAACUUCAUAGUAGUAUUGCAUUAUUGAAGGGAAAGUUAUAUGAAUUAAUGGAAAAUAGAUCUUUGGCAAUGCAAUUUUAUAAAGAAGCUUUACUUCUUGACGUAACAUGUUAUGAAGCUUUCGAAAAACUUGUACACUUUCAAUCAAUUAGCUCAGAAGAAGAGUCUGCUUUGCUGACCGAACUGAACUUCGCUGAUCAUCUCAAUCCGUUGAUGAGCAAAUUGGCUGAAUUUCUUUACAAAGAUAAACUAAACAAGAAUUCAGCAUCAGAAACUAAGGUACCUGGUGAAUUUGACUCAUUGACCAACAAUGUCGACGUUAUUGUUAAUAAAGCUGGACGUAUGUUAGAUGUUUGUCGAUUUCAGGAAUGCUACGAUAUUACAUCCAGAUUAAUGCAAUCAGAUCCAUAUAAUUUAGCAUGUUUACCAAUUCAUAUUUCUGUUUUAAAAGAAUUAGAAAAAGCAAAUGAGUUAUUCAAAGUAUCUCAUAAACUUAUGGAUGUGUAUCCGUCAAGUGCACUUGCCUGGUUUGCGGUGGGUUGUUACUAUCUGUGCAUUAAAAAGAAUGAACUUGCAAGACGACAUCUUGUGAAGGCUUCACAAUUAGAUAGAAGAUAUGGUCCUAUAUGGCUUACACUUGGGCAUGCAUUUGCUGCUGAUGGUGAACAUGAUCAAGCUAUUGCUUCUUAUUGUACAGCUGCUCAAGUUAUUCGAGGUUCUCAUAUUCCUAUUAUGUAUAUUGGUAUUGAAUACAGUGCUAGCAAUAAUCGCAAUCUAGCUGAACGAUUUCUUAAUCAAGCCUAUUUAAUUAGUCCAAGUGAUCCUUUUGUUUUACAUGAACUGGGGACAUUGGCCUUUGAAUCGCAAAAAUAUGUAGAUGCUACAAGAUUCUUGGUUCGAGCUUAUGAAAGGGCUUGUGAAUUAAGUGGACAAGUUCCUUCGCCUUUCUGGGAGCCUCUUGUUAAUAAUUUAGCACAUUCCUAUAGGAAAAUGGGGUAAAUCAAAUUUUAUCUGUAAUAUUGUCAGUUGAAAACUCCCACAAUUUAGUAGAUAUAAGCAGACCAUAUUUAUUGAUAUUUGUUUAAGUGUUGUUAAAUAAGAUGUAAUUGUACUUGAGAAUAUGAUGUAAGUGUAGUGUUAUUUAGUUAUAUGUGAAAAACAUUAUUUGCCUAACUAAUAACACAUGUGUAAAGCAGAAUAACGGUUAUUCUCGGCAGUAAAAUAUUUUGUUAAGUAAUCACGCGAACAUAAACGCAAAAGUGUCAAUAAAGAUACAUCCGUAGUGUUAUUUAGUUGAAAUUUUAUACAAGUAAACUUCGUAUCACAAUCGCUUGAGAAAUAAUACCCUUACUCAAAUUUCACGAAAUAUUGUCGCAAUAACAAUAGUGUUAAUAAGCUCACACUUUCUUGUAAUAAGGAAUAUGACUAUGAUUCUUUGUCUGAAUCAGUCAAAAAUGCUUAAAUCUAUCUUGAAUCACCUGACCAGUCUGUGUAUGUUUUUCAUCGUGGCAUUUCCAUUUUCGGUCAUUAUGAUUAUUUGUAGAUAAUCAGGACAAAAAGUAAUACAUAUGAUUGUUGAGUGUAUUGAUAUAUUUAGUGUGUGACUGACUACUUAGUUCGCUGUGCUUUUACAUAAAUAUGUUAAAACCCUUUUAUUUGAACUGAGUUAUAGACUUUACAGCCAAGCAAUAGCUAUGCACGAACUUUCACUUCGCUUAGUGCCUGAGUCUCCAACAACACUUGCAUGUUUGGCAAUGUUGCAUGCAAUCAAUGGCAACCUUGAAGUUGCAGUAGACUAUCUUCAUCGGUCUGUUGGGGUCCAACCAUCGAGCUGUGGGUCUACUUCUAGCAAUGUGGCUUCUACAAUGCUGAAUGUAUGUAUUGAAGCGUUAACGGGAAAAGGAAUUUAUGCUUCAAAUCAUAAAGUUGGAAAAGAUAUUCCAGAUACUCUUCCUGAACACCUUAUGACUGCUGCUGGACCAGGAAGUCUCCCAGGAUCCAACCGAAUUCGUUUUAAAAUGGCAUCAAGUGAAACUUUAAAGCCCAACAAAUCGGUGCUUCAGUUGGAUGUUAAUUAUAGAGAAAAAUCUGCUAACGCUCCUAACAUAUCGCUGCACACAAGCGAUGAAGAUGUGUCCAUGGACCUUGGUUAACUCCUUGGUUUUAUAUAACUGAUUGCGAUUGUCUACAUAAUAACCAUCUACUCUUUUGUAACUAGAUGUAAAACAAGACUAAGCUUUACACAUGUUUUUUAUGUCAUUAGUUCUCAGGGAUUCAAAUUUUCUAAGUAUAACAUCUACCUUUCUCGUCUUUACGAUUGUAUUCACGUAGAUUCGUUUUAUCCUUAUAAUUCAGUCAUAGCUGUCACUCUGAUAUAGUGGUCAUCUCUACCUAUAUUAUUUCUUAAAGCAAUUGAUACUAUAGCAUAAAUAAUUUCGAGUUGAUUUUCAACCGGAAAACAAAGUCAUGCUGCUGUAUGAUCACAUACUUGAAGGUUUAAUUUAAAUUUGAAGGUCAACGAUUUACUUCUUCG